AGUUGAAGCUGCCUGGCAGCUGGCCGGGGUCAUACACGCAAGAGAACGGGGUCUCUCCUCCCCAGAUCUUGGACUGUCGCCCCUUAGACUUCUCAUAAACGUGGAAAUUUGCCAUUCUCCUGGAGGAGGGGAAAACCCAUUUCACAGGAGCUGUAAAAGGGAAAGGGAGGUCCCGUGCGGAGGGGGGAGGUGUCUGGAUGUGGGCAGGGGGCAUACUGGGGAGCUGAGCAAGCGUGAACCCAGCGGUGCCGCCCCUCGGCACCCUGGGAAGAGGAGAUUCAGAUUCCAGAUGUGCUGGAAAGGCUGGGGGAAGGGGCUGUAAUUACAGCUAGGACCAGAGUUUCCUUUGCCUCCCCUAGGGGCCGCGGGAGUGAGGAUUACGGUCUGGCUCAUGUGGUCCCUCCUUCCUCCAUCUGCACUUCCUCCUUCUGCCUCCCCCCCCAUCGCCCCCAAAUAAAUCCCAGGCCCCUCCCUUCGCCCGUCCCCAGGAUCUGACGUGGGCUCGACACCUUUCUCAGCUUCUCCCUCCCGCAGCUCCAGUGCCCGAGCUUCGGCUCUCCAGGUUCCGCAACCCCCUCCCGUCCCCACCAAGCCCCGCUAGAGCACAGUAGGGACCGCCCCCCAUCCUCGACCCCACCCCAGACCCCCAGAAGCUGUCUUGCCUCUCCCUACUCCCCCAGCCUGGGAUCCAGCUAGCUCGAUGGACCCACGCGCCCGAGCGAGAGGGUAACCCAGGCGACCCAGCCCCUUCGGCCUUCUCGGUCCCACCCCCUGCAGCCGGAGCCGCGCCCCCUCUCCCACAGACCCGAUAGCAGAGGACAGAGGAGAUUGGGCAAGGAGGGGUGGGAUCCAGGCGACCCCCAGCCCAAUUCUGCCCCUCCAUCCCAAGGGACAGAGAAAUUGUCUUCCUUGCUAACUGCUAGCAGGAAAAAAAAAAGAAAAAGAAAAAAGAAAGGGAAAGAUAAAAGGAGACGGAGGAAAGGUGACAGCUAGAUUAUUUAGGAGAGGCGCAGAGAAGAGAAAUCGUGUGUGAGUCGCCAUGGGGACUCCCAGGGCCCAGCACCCGCCGCCUCCCCAGCUGCUGUUCCUAAUUCUGCUGAGCUGUCCCUGGAUUCAGGGUCUGCCCCUGAAGGAAGAAGAGGCACUACCAGAGCCUGGAAGUGAGGCCCCCACAGUAGCCUCUGAGGUUUUGGCCGAGCUGCUCCAUGGGGCCCUGCUGAGGAGGGGUCCAGAGAUGGGCUACCUGCCGGGAUCUGAUCCAGACCCUACACUAGCCAGCCCUCCAGCCGGCCAGACUCUUGCGGCACCCUCCCUGCCACGGGCCACUGAGCCAGGGACGGGGCCUCUGACAACCGCUGUAACCCCUAAAGGGGGAAGGGGGGCAGGCCCCACCGCUCCAGAGCUGCUGACCCCGCCCCCGGGAACUACGGCCCCGCCCCUUCCUGGCCCCGCCUCCCCAGGCCCUCCCCUCGGGCCUGAGGUGGGAGAAGAGACCACGACCACCAUCAUCACCACGACCACUGUUACCACCACGGUGACCAGCCCAGUUCUGUGUAAUAACAACAUCUCUGAGGGCGAAGGGCAUGUGGAGUCUCCCGACCUGGGCAGCGCCGCCAGCCGCACCGCCGGGCUCUUGGACUGCACCUACAGCAUCCAUGUCUACCCUGGCUAUGGCAUUGAGAUCCAGGUGCAGAUGCUGAACCUAUCUCGGGAGGAGGAACUCCUGGUGCUGGCUGGUGGGGGGUCCCCAGGCUUGGCCCCCCGACUCCUGGCUAACUCCUCCAUGCUGGGAGAAGGACAGGUGCUUCGGAGUCCAACCAACCGGCUGCUCCUGCACUUCCAGAGCCCACGGGUCCCAAGGGGCGGUGGCUUCAGGAUCCACUAUCAGGCCUACCUCCUGAGCUGCGGCUUCCCUCCCCGGCCGGCCCACGGGGACGUGAGCGUGACAGACCUGCACCCUGGGGGUACUGCCACCUUCCACUGUGAUUCAGGCUACCAGCUGCAGGGCGAGGAGACCCUUAUCUGCCUCAACGGCACCCGACCAGCCUGGAGUGGCGAACCCCCCAGCUGCGUGGCAUCCUGUGGUGGCACUAUCCACAAUGCUACACUGGGUCGCAUUGUGUCCCCUGAGCCUGGAGGAGCAGCAGGGCCCAACCUCACCUGCCGGUGGGUCAUCGAAGCAGCUGAGGGACGCCGGCUUCACCUGCACUUCGAGAGGGUCUCACUGGAUGAGGACAAUGACCGGCUGAUGGUGCGCUCAGGGGGCAGCCCCCUCUCCCCAGUCAUCUAUGACUCGGACAUGGAUGACGUCCCUGAGCGGGGUCUCAUCAGUGACGCCCAGUCCCUUUAUGUGGAGCUGCUUUCAGAGACACCCGCCAACCCCCUGCUGCUAAGCCUCCGAUUUGAAGCCUUUGAAGAAGAUCGCUGCUUCGCUCCCUUCCUGGCACACGGCAAUGUCACCACCACAGACCCAGAGUACCGCCCAGGGGCACUGGCCACCUUCUCGUGCCUCCCAGGAUAUGCCCUGGAGCCCCCUGGCCCCCCAAAUGCCAUCGAAUGUGUGGAUCCCACAGAACCCCACUGGAAUGACACAGAGCCAGCCUGCAAGGCCAUGUGCGGAGGGGAGUUGUCAGAGGCGGCUGGUGUGGUCCUCUCUCCCGACUGGCCCCAGAGCUACAGCCCCGGCCAGGACUGCGUGUGGGGCCUGCACGUCCAGGAAGAGAAGCGCAUCUUGCUCCAAGUUGAAAUCCUGAAUGUGCGUGAAGGGGACAUGCUGACACUCUUCGAUGGGGACGGUCCCAGCGCCCGAGUCCUGGCCCAGCUGCGGGGACCUCAACCGCGCCGCCGCCUCCUCUCCUCUGGGCCCGACCUUACGCUACAGUUCCAGGCACCGCCAGGGCCCCCAAACCCGGGCCUGGGGCAGGGUUUCGUGUUGCAUUUCAAAGAGGUCCCGAGGAACGACACGUGCCCGGAGCUGCCACCUCCAGAGUGGGGCUGGAGGACGGCUUCCCACGGGGACCUGAUCCGGGGCACGGUGCUCACCUACCAGUGUGAGCCUGGCUAUGAGCUGCUCGGCUCCGACAUUCUCACCUGCCAAUGGGACCUGUCCUGGAGCGCAGCGCCGCCCGCCUGCCAAAAGAUCAUGACUUGUGCCGACCCUGGUGAGAUCACCAACGGGCACCGUACCACCUCCGACGCCGGCUUCCCAGUGGGCUCCCACGUCCAGUACCGCUGUCUGCCAGGGUACAGCCUGGAGGGGGCGGCAGUACUCACUUGCUAUAGCCGGGACACGGGCACACCCAAGUGGAGCGACAGGGUCCCCAAGUGUGCCUUGAAGUAUGAGCCAUGCCUGAACCCAGGGGUGCCGGAGAACGGCUAUCAGACGCUGUACAAGCAUCACUACCAGGCGGGCGAGUCUCUGCGCUUCUUUUGCUACGAGGGCUUUGAGCUCAUCGGCGAGGUCACCAUCACCUGUGUGCCCGGCCACCCCUCCCAGUGGACCAGCCAGCCCCCACUCUGCAAAGUGGCCUAUGAGGAGCUCCUGGACAACCGAAAACUGGAAGUGACCCAGACCACAGACCCAUCAAGGCAGCUGGAGGGUGGGAACCUCGCCUUGGCCAUCCUGCUGCCCCUAGGCCUGGUCAUUGUCCUCGGCAGUGGCGUUUACAUAUACUACACCAAACUACAGGGAAAAUCCCUCUUCGGCUUCUCGGGCUCCCAUUCCUACAGCCCCAUCACUGUGGAGUCAGACUUCAGCAACCCACUGUAUGAAGCCGGGGAUACACGGGAGUAUGAAGUUUCCAUCUGAAGCCCAAGACUAAGGCUGCAGGACCCAGGACGCCUCUCCCCUUCCCAUUCUGGGCAGGGAGGAGUACAGGACCAUGUCUCUGGCUCCUUUCCUUCCUGCUGUGUAAACAGUCUCCCGGUCCCACAAGGGGGCUUUGAUGGCCCUGCGGACCCUACCGUAAAUAAACCAGCAUCCUGCCGCCCAAGCCUCCUCUUCUCGGUUGCCAAACAGGGGGCCUGCCCCUCCCCUCCUGCCCUACUGGCUUUUGGACCCUGGGAGGGGAACUCAGCCCCCCUGCAACUCCUGGGGCCCCUCCGGCCCAGGGUACCCCCAAGGACUGCCUAAGAACUCUGUUGUUCCUUUUGGCCUUGAAGGCUUUUCCCAGAUGCUCUGGCCCCGGGCCUCACCCCUGGGCUCUGGAGGGUCAGAAGAAGAGGGAUGAAGGGGGAAAGCAGGGACGCGGCCCCCUACCCACUUCGCGUCAUCUCCCAACCCACAGUCUCCCCACCUUCGCUUCUGGAUUUUUGGUUUUGAGCAAUAAACAGAAAACCACCAUUUGUAACUAGGCUGGUGG